CCCAGUAUAUAACAAGCUGUGCAUCGAUCAUAUUGUGCUCAGUGUGCGAGCGAUCCUAUCUGCGAAAUUUUCGGAAAGAAAAUUGAUGGUGGCGGCGUUGUAGCGUAAAUUUCUCAUCGCAGUCAUAGUGAGAGCAUUAGCUUGUCCCACACGGAUCAUUGAUUUGACGAGCAAGCAGAGGUAAUUAAUGAUAUGCAGCGGUUUCUGGAUGUUUCGCAGUAGCUAACAAGCAUUAUAAUCACCAAAACUACGAAAAUUUCUGCAGAUAUGCGAGUGCUGCAGUAGAGUGAAGUCGAAGUACCUUAACAUUAUUCUAUCACAGGGGUCGUUCCAUUACGCAGGUGGGGAGGUUACUCUAUAUUUUGCGUAUGAUUAACAGCUUCUGUGGCUCGUAAAUGACUUGGACCAGAACCGGGCUCGAAGAGACCAAAACAAGGCCCCUUGAACUCAGCCACAAAGAGCCUACUGUUAUGACUUGAGCUCACUUCCUCUUUCAGGCUCUUUUGAUAAUGGGUCCUGUUUUAGGAUCUUCUAUCCCUAUAUUGGGACCAGGCCUUAGCAAAAUUAAACAUAAAACAUGACAACUUUGAGAAGCCCUCUCAGUAAGAGUUCCCCAGAGAUCGCUUUCCCCUCAUACGACCCACCGCCAUAUUCAGAACAUUACCAAGAUGGAUCCCCAAUCGCGAUAGAAAGCCGAAUCACCCAAAAGACUUUCCAAGAAAUCUUAUAUGAACUUCUAAUCUUCGAUUCUCAAAUAAGCCCCAAGUUUUCGACCGCAGAUGCUACAUACAGUUAUACUUGUGGUAAUCUGGACUGCAACUUCACCUGUGGAGUUCCACAUCUGAUGAUUGUAGUACGUGUAAAGGGGCAAAUUGACGACCAGAUCGGAAUCAUAUUGCGUUCUACUAAAUGGUCAACUUAUAAUAUAUUAAGACCCGAUCAAGGUGAUACAUACAGUUUCAAAGCAUGGAGAAAUUCAAGAUUUUUCAUAAUUCGAAGAAUGUUGCUAUGUCUUCAAGUAUAUAAUAAGUAUAGAGACAUGAACCGGGUUGCACGGAUUGCGGCGAGGCCUUUUCAAGCGCAUGUGAUCGGGUAUAUCAUGGGGAAAGUUUUGAACGUGCAGAAAGCGUUGUUCAUGGAUAAUCUAUACAGACUGAGAUCCCAGCACGGGAAAGAGACUGAUCCUCUUUCAUCAAAGGGGUUUUAUUUGCAAUUUUAAUAGAAUAUGAUUUAAAUCUGGGCAUAUAAAAUUACACAUUUCAGGCACGUAAAUGC